GUGAGUUAUUUCUUUUACUGACGGAAGUGUUGUCAUUUAUAGUGGUUGUUAUUGAUGUGGUCUUCAAGUGAGCUGAAGUCUUUUCUCAUCAAUUUGGCUGUGUCUGACGUAGCGAUGGCAGUAUUUUCUAUACCCUUCACCUACACAAUGUUCCUCUUAGGCAGGUGGAUAUUCGAGCCAUGGUUUUGUCCCGUUGUGAUGACAAUGCAGCACACUUCUGUGUUGGUGUCUGUGUAUACUCUAACAGCUAUUGGAAUCGACAGGUACAAAGCAAUAACGAACCCUCUCGGCCGAAGGGCAACCGCGUCCAGGAAUGGCUUGGUGAUAUCCAUGAUAUGGUUGUUCUCUUUCUUCGUAUCUUCUUUCCAGUUUCGGAUAUCGUGGGCCACCAGCUUCUUCUAUGACAAGCAAUAUUAUUACAAGUGCCAGGAGCAUUGGGACACGGAAGAAGAGAGCCAGUACUAUACCCUCUUCGUCUUCAUCAUAACCUUCUUCAUACCUCUCCUCACACUCACUUACACAUACUCCGCAGUGGCAUACAAGCUCUGGAGGACUUCGGCUCCAGGAAAUGCAGACCCUGCGAGGGACACCGCUCAACUUCGUGCUAAUAUCCGGCCAUUUGGAGACUCGACAUUUGGCACAGAAAUCGGCCAGCUUAAUGUCCUUUCACUUCUAGUCUUGGCGGGGUUCCAUCUAGCUCUACAAGAAGAGUGGAACAAAGAAAAGAGAACCGAAAUCAGUGCUGUUGGAAGUUGGAGGUGGGAAAGAACCUGA